AAGGUUUGCCCCUUGGUAAUUGUCUUUGCAUCUGGCUGGAUUGGGCAGCCGCUGUCUUGAUAAUGGCCAGGAUCGCGUGAACCGGCCAUGUCGUCGGCCCUCAGGAAGCUCCUGCCCAAGUACCUCCAGGGCACUGGCAGCCACACGGACCUCAGCUCGACCUGGGCCCAGCAGGACGCGCUUCCGCCCUGCGUACCCGCUGAUUCCUUGCUGACGGAGACGCGCGUGGGGCCGUACGAGGUGCUGAGGCGGCUGGGCGACGGCGAGUUCUCGACGGUCGUCGAGUGCCGCGCGGGCGCGGCGCCCGAGACGUACGCGCUCAAGGUGAUUGGGAAGGCGAAGGUCCUGCGGCCGUCAUCGAUCGUCAAGUCGAUUCGAAACAUCGGCCGCGUGAACCGCGAGGUCAAGGCCAUGCGCGCGGCGAACCACGCGGGGAUCUGUCGGUUGUUCGACGUGAUGCAGACGCCGUCUCAUAUCUAUCUCGUUUUGGAGAAAGGAGAUAGGGAUUUAUACGCGCUCAUCGACGACUACCCGGGCGGCUGCCCGGAGACCGUCGUGAAGAGCGCCACGAGGGUUCUAGUUUUAGCUUUGAGACAUUGCCACAACGCGAAGAUCGCGCAUAGGGAUAUCAAGCCCGAGAAUAUAUUAGUGUGUGGCGACCCGCAAACUUGGCACCAGAACCCCGACGCCGGCAUUGUUAAAUUAUGCGACUUUGGGCUGUGUGCGGACAUUCCCGAGGACGGGGGGCUCCUGUCGGACUUUGUUGGAAGUCCGGGCUUCUUCGCGCCCGAGCUGUUGCAGCGACCGGCCUACGACGGCGCCCGGGCGGACUUGUUCAGCUUGGGCGCGGUCAUGGUGGAGUUGAUCUUUGGCCACGACUUUUUUGGAGCCGUGUGGUACCCGGCCUACGAGAGCUUCCUCCAGGUGGAUAGCUUCGCGGCGGCCCUCGCGGAGGCCCUCGUGCGUGUCAGGUGCGGUCCGGCGGACCGGCCGCCGGCCGCGCCGCCCGUCCAAGCGUUGUUGAAUGGGUUGCUGGAGGUCGUGCCCGAACGUCGAAGCACCGUAGCGGAGCUCUGCGAGGAGCCAUAUUUCGAGCUCAUGCGGGGCGGCCCCGAGGACUCGUCGCUGCUGAGUCUGACCUUCGACCAGGCAAACGGCAAGCCUAGCGACGCCAAGCCGGCGAAGCGACGGCCGCGGAGCGCCGGGCGGACGCUCCGCGCGUCGUUCGCGGCGCCGGUGGCGGCCAGGGCGCCGGCGCCGGCCGGGGCCCGCCCGGCGCCGACCGGGCCGUUCCCGCCGCGCAAGGUGACGCCGCCGCUGGCCGAGGGCGUGCCUCCGAAGGACUGGGCGCGGACGUCCUUCGCCGUCGCGCCCUGA